AUACGCGGGUCAUAAACGAUCCGCGGCCAUACUAGAGGUGCACGCGCGAGAAUCGAUCCGAAUCGCCGGCGAUAAACGCAUCUCCCGCGAGGCGAUCGUCGCGCGCCGCGUCGCCGCCGAGCGAUGAGUUCCAAGUUCAUCAUCGAUAGCAUGCUCCCCAAGUACCACCAGCAGUUCCAUCAUCAGAACUUGUUCGCGGGAGCUGGGGCUUCGCCGAUAGAGGCAUCGUUGUCUUCGUCGCUGUCGUCGUCGUUGUCGACGUCGCUGUCAUCGUCGUUGUCUGGCGGACUGGGGGCGGCUGCGCUGGGGGCCGGUUCGCCGGGGGCCGGGAGCCCGCAGCGCUCCUCUUCGUCAUCGUCAGCGUCGCCAGGCGCACCGGCAAGGAUGUACCCGUACGUGUCGCACCACCAACAGUUCGGCGGGUCGGUGCCCUUCCCCACCGGUGGAGGGCUGUCGGCUGACGACAAGAGUUGCCGAUAUCCUACCGCGGUCGGCGGGGACCCUAUGGUGAACUACGCGCUGGGACAGCACAAUGGAGGCGCGGCGGUGUCGGCUGCGUCAGCCAGUAUGGCGGCGGCGGCACAGUUCUACCACCAGGCCGCAGCAUCAGCAGCCUCAGCUGCCUCGGCGGCCUCAGUAGACGCCAUGGGUGGCACCUGCUCUCAGCCUUCCGCUCAGCCUCUGCCAGACAUACCGCGUUAUCCCUGGAUGUCCAUUACCGAUUUUCCGUUUCCAGAUUGGAUGAGCCCCUUCGACCGCGUGGUCUGCGGUGAGUUCAAUGGGCCGAACGGGUGUCCACGUCGACGGGGACGACAAACUUACACAAGGUUUCAAACAUUAGAAUUAGAAAAGGAAUUCCAUUUUAAUCACUACCUGACGCGCCGGCGCAGGAUAGAGAUCGCGCACGCACUAUGUCUCACGGAAAGGCAGAUCAAAAUAUGGUUCCAGAAUCGACGAAUGAAAUUAAAGAAAGAAUUGCGUGCGGUGAAAGAGAUAAACGAACAGGCUCGCCGGGAGAGGGAGGAGCAGGACCGAAUGAAGCAACAGCAACAGGAGAAGCAAGCGAAACUGGAGAGCCAACAUCACGGCCACCACGUGACCCACCACCACGACCCGAUGAAAAUGCCCAUCGACAAGGGCUCCAGCGAUAUCCUCAAAGUGAAUAAAGUGCCGACGUAAGGCGCUCGCAAGCCGCUUACUAAAUCCUGACUGAUACUGUAUCAUAUAGUGUGAAUACAUGAAUGGAAGUGUUACGUCCAUAAGGACCUGCGGGCACCGUUAGUUUCCUAUCCACUAGUUUUUAUGUUUUGCGGCUGAUUAAGUAGGAGUGUAGCCUCGUUGUGGAGGUGUUUUGUGACUUUAAUUAUUGUAUUAAUGUUCCUUUAGUGCGAAGGACUUGCCUCGGUGUCGUUCGCUGUGGACAGGCUGGUGAAGUGCUUUAAGCAUUUAUUUCGUUGCCAUAACCACACCAUGUAUUGCAAUAAUAUUUUACUAAAUUUUACAAAAACGUUAGUAUAUCGCUCUAAGAUUUACAACACCGAGUGAAUUUCGGUAUUGUUAGUUAAGAUUUAAAAUCUGUGAAUCUCAUAGUA